AUGAAUUCGACCUUGGGAUUAUGUAGAUUAGUGUUUCCCCGAUCUUUGGGAGUAUGUUCAAAAAUCAGGUUGCUAUCGACAACUACCACCAACGUAAUUACAAAUGCUGAUUUGGAUGUUCCAGCUGGAUCCAAGCACUUUCUGAACUUGGGGUUUCAUAAAGAAUUUCCAAGAGCUUGCUAUGGUGGCCGUCAUACAGUUGCGAUGCUUUUGGGGGAUGGCGUUGGUCCUGAACUCUUAUCUUAUGUCAAAGAGGUUUUCCAGCUUAUUGGAGCACCAAUAGACUUUGAAGAAGUCUCUGUGAAUCAAGAGUGCGAAGAUGCAACUUUUACUGAUGCCUUACUUGCUAUGAAACGUAAUGGUGUAGGGAUCAAAGGGAACUUUGCUACGGAACCAGGUCAAUCAUCAAGAAAUCUUGCUCUUCGUUUGAAAUUAAAUCUAUACGCCUUUGUUCAACGAUGUCAUAACUUUCCUGGUGUGACUACGCGUCAUCAAAAUGUUGACAUUGUUAUAAUACGUGAAAAUACAGAAGGCGAAUACAGUCGUUUGGAGCAUGAAAAUGUUCCUGGAGUAGUUGAAUCCUUGAAAAUUAUAACAAGAGAGAAGUCUACAAGAAUUGCACAAUUUGCAUUUGACUAUGCUGUUCGACAUAAUCGUAAAAAGGUCACUGCUGUACACAAGGCAAAUAUUAUGAAGUUAGGUGAUGGUCUAUUCUUAGAAGUAUGCUCUAAUAUGGCUAAAAAAUAUCCACAGAUUGAAUUCAAUCAUAUGAUUAUAGACAAUACGUGUAUGCAGUUAGUCAGUAAACCACAACAAUUCGAUGUGAUUGUUUUACCAAAUCUAUACGGGAAUAUAGUUGGUAAUGUGGCGGCUGGUUUAGUCGGUGGAGCUGGUCUUACAACCGGUAUUAAUUUAGGACCACAGAAUGCUCUGUUUGAAAUGGGUACACGCAAUUCUGGACGUUCGUUAGCAGGGAAAAAUAUUGCCAAUCCAUGUGGUAUGCUUCUUACAUCAGCAGAUAUGUUAGACUAUUUAGAUCAUUCACGAGAAGCUGAGCUCAUUCGUGAAGCAGUUGUUUACGUGAUUGGCGAACAACGAAUUCGUACAGCUGAUUUAGGUGGUGACAGUAAGACAAGCAAAGUGAUUGAAGCAGUCUUGAAAAGACUUAAAAGUCGAAUGGCACUGUGA